GUCAAACAGGUAAACCCAGAAGACUUCCAAGAGCUCAGACAAGAAUGCUCUCGGGUGGGCUAGGGUUCCGAUUUCCAAACGAAAGAAAGGGGGAUAAAUUUUGAGCUCCAUAUACCGGAUUUGGAUUGAAUUUCGUAGGAUUACUUCUUACUCAGAGCCUCAGAUCAUUAAAACCGUCCUCAUAUGGGUACAUCAUCUGGAUCACACUUCAACAACCAGUCCUCCAUGCUUCCACCCCGCCAGCAGCCCCGUCCAGGUGGCGGCGGGCUCCAGACAUCUCUCUCCUUGGUCUCACCCGAUGCCUGCGGGUCCCCCAAUCUCCAUGAACGUGGAUCAAAUUCUGACCACGUUCGUGAAUCCCCUUCUGAAAGCGCCAGCUCGCGCGAGACCUGGCCCACGGCCGAUGCCUUGGUGGUGAAGAAACUGGAAAAGGAGAAAGAGCGAGAAAAUGGUUACGCCGAACACUCGGUUGUCCGGCACGUCUCGAAUUCCGACAAGCUGUCCCUGCGAGACCUGGCAAGAGAGAGAGUCGAGAUUACGGCAGAGAGAAUGCAGAACCUCCCGGACGAGUAUCUCGACAAGUUUAAAAACGAGCUCAGGGCAUUUCUCGAGGGCUUGGGUGGUUCUCAGCAGAGGGAAGAGUUCAUAUUCCUGCAGAAGCUUGUUCAGAGUCGUGGAGAUUUGACCGAGAAAACGCUUGUCCUCGCGCACAGGGUCCAGCUCGAGAUACUCGUUGCCAUAAAGACUGGGAUUCAGGCGUUUUUGCACCCGAGCGUGAGCCUCUCUCAGGCCUCCCUUAUCGAUAUAUUUUUGUACAAGAGGUGCAGGAAUAUAGCAUGCGGAAGCGUGUUGCCUGCAGAGGACUGUACGUGCGAGCUGUGCUCAAAGAGGAACGGGUUUUGCAACCUCUGCAUGUGUGUAAUUUGCAGCAAGUUUGACUUUGAGGUCAACACGUGCCGUUGGAUUGGGUGUGACCUCUGCUCUCACUGGACUCACACGGACUGCGCUAUUCGGAAUGGGCAGAUAGGGAUGGGUUCGGCCGUGAGGAGCCAGCUGGGCUCAGCGGAAAUGCUCUUUAGGUGCCGUGCUUGCAGCCGGACGUCUGAGCUGUUGGGUUGGGUGAAGGAUGUAUUCCAGCAUUGUGCGCCCAGCUGGGAUAGGGAUGCUUUGAUUAGAGAGCUCGACUUUGUGAGCAGGAUCUUCAGGGGGAGUGAGGACUCAAGAGGUAGGAAGCUCUUCUGGAAAUGUGAGGAGCUCAUUGAGAAAUUGAAGAGUGGGGUGGUGGCGGAUCCUGUUCCUUGUAAAGCGAUCUUGAUGUUCUUUCAAGAGCUCGAUGACCCCUCGAAGUCCCAAGAUCCCGACGAACCCAACCGCACCAUAUCCCCACAAGAAGCCUUCAACAAGAUAGCCGAUGUCGUCCAAGAAGCCGUCCGCAAAAUGGAAGCCGUGGCCGAGGAGAAAAUGCGCCUCGUCAAGAAAGCCCGGCUGGCAGUCGACGCCUGUGAGCAGGAGCUCAAGGACAAGGCUCGCGAGGUGGCUGCCUUAAAGAUGGAAAGGCAGAGGAAGAAGAUACAGAUAGACGAGCUCGAGAGCAUUGUGCGGCUCAAGCAAGCUGAGGCUGACAUGUUUGAGCUCAAGGCUAACGAGGCUCGCCGGGAAGCUGAACGGCUGCAGAGGAUAGCUCUUGCCAAGACUGAAAAGUCAGAGGAGGAUUAUGCUAGCAGGUAUUUGAAGCAGAGGCUGCACGAGGCUGAGGCUGAGAAGCAGUACUUGUUUGAGAAGAUUAAGCUUCAAGAGAGCUCGAGGGCCUCCUCGCAGGGUGGCGGUGGGGGUGGGGACCCAUCUCAGAUGAUGUAUAGUAAGAUUCAAGAUCUACUCAAGAAUAUGUACGGUACGUCGCCUUCUGUUAAGGGGGAGGGUGGGAUUCCAUGAGUGUGUGUGUUAUUUAAAAGAAAUGUGUUUCAUAUUUUGAAUUNNCCUGCCUGUUGUACUAAUUUCUUUAGAAAGUGCGUUUCAUGUACUUUUUAUAUGUAUUUUGUUUUUUUAUGGAAGUACAUUAAUUGUGUGUUGUUUGUCAAGUGAUGGGUUGAAGAAUUAGGGUGUGGUGAAAGAUGUACAUGGCUUGGAGUGGCCUGGUUGUGAGAUUAAGGUGUAAUGAGCCAUUUAAUGGCUAUAUUCAUUUUUAUGUGAAAAGGUGGACAAAGAUGCUGAGCUGAUUGAUUGAUUAUCUAGACGAUAACAACAACAA